AAAAACGAAACAGAAGUAGUGAUUUGAUUCGGAAAUCAACAUGACCGUUUCAAUACUUUUGAUGUGCCUCAUUUUACCUUCCGUACUAAUAGCGUCAGUGGGGAGUGAAUGUAUUUACUAUAACUACUACAACUCUAUCUAUUCCUCCUACUACCACUGUUAUUAUGAAGUACCUGUUGGAACAAUCAUCGGAGCCGUUAUUGGAGGAAUUAUUGGAUUAAUCAUCUUGUGUGUCAUCGUUGCUAUUAUCUGUGUUGUUGUCUGCAAGAAGAAAACAACAGGACGGGUUAUUCAACCCUCAAAUGUCUCAGCCAUAAGUACAACAGCAACAUACAACUCAUAUCCCAGCUAUCCUCAACAACAUGGAUGGGGUGUACAGCAACACGUAUGGGGAGCACAGCCACAAGUAUGGGGUGUACAUGUUAGUGGUCCCGCCUAUCCUGGGCAUGGACAACAUCCUCCUCCAGACCCGGUAUCCCAGCCAAUGCCCCCACCCACCUAUGCUGAAAAUGUGAUUCAGGGACAACCACCACAAAAUACCAAUUAAUUUAUGUGCUAAUUGCCCUUAAAUUUCACAAGAAAAUACAGUCAGUUCUUUUGAUUCUACUGUAAUUCUGUUGCAUUUCAACAUGAAGUGUCUGUGAUUUCAUGGAAGACAGUGUGUAUGCAUUUCAUUUUAAAUGAAAAAGCCAUUUACAAGAACCAUGUAAUCAUCACGAUUAAUUUAUCAAAAAUUAUCCUUUCCUCAGCUAUAGUUCUGCUUAUAAGACGAUCUGACUGAAGUCGCUUUAAUCAAUUAGGAUAAACGUUUAUAUUGUUGUUAAUGGUGCAUAAAUCUACUGACUCGUAAUAUUACUUCAUAUGUAACAUGUUGUCUUAAUCAAUGUUCAAGGAUAGACAAAUUUUGAAAUCAUUUGAACAUUUUUUUUUUAAAUCAUAAAAUUUUAUGAAAAAAGAAUAA